GACUGUGACUUCGCUCACAUCAGGAAUGUUUGACGAUAAAAGGAAGAUGAAGCUUUAACUCUCAAUUAUGGGGAAGCGAAGAGGAAGAGGCGCCAUUUCUGCUCCGGUGCCCCCUUUGCUACGAGGCCAACAAGGUAUGGUCUUUCCGCUCCGGGCCUUGCUUUUCUUUCCUUUGUAUUUCUCUCUGUCGGGUAAUGCGAAUACAAUUUCUUGUGUGAUUUGGUACUGCCAUUUCCAAGGUUGGAAUUAGAUGUUCAUUGCAGGGCAUGGGAAGGGAAAUUUAACAUUCAGGAUCGAGUCUUGUUUUCUUUCUUCCCCAUCGAUGCAGCAGUUCACUGAUCGAUCUCGUACUCGGAUCGAUACCGUCCUUGUUGCCUAUGUAGCAGCCCUUUUCUCAACCUAGAAAUACCAGAUCAGAUGUUUCCCGGGUGGAUUUUGGUCGUGAUUGUUGCAUCUAAUAGUUUCCCUUCUUCCCCACUGAUUGACCAUGCCACCGUUGUCCAAACAUUUUCACUUCUUGUGGACUGGAUCGUGAUUGCGUCUACCAUGUGUUCGUUAAAAGGACCACUGGGUGCUGUCAUGGAAAGUGCCCAAUUUGUGGCGUAGGUUUUAGGCCAAGGAUGCGAACUCGAUCUACCCAUGAUCUGGAUUUGAGUGUUGUUCGUGUGGAAGAUACUAAAUCCAUUGUGGUAUUUGAUCCAUCUUUUAGUAGACAUGCAUCUAGCUGCUUUACUUGGUUGCUAAACAAAAGAAUGAACAGUUGACCAAAAUUAGCAUCAAGGCUUAGUACCUGUUGAAAGCCUUCUUUCCUAUGGGGGUUGCUGCAUGAUUGCACUCCUUUAGAUGUCACUUUCAGUACAACAACUGAAGGGGGGCAGUGAAGCACCAUUGACUGCACAUGCCAUCAGUUUGUGAAGUGAUCAUGAAUAGGACAGAAACAUGUCAUCAACAAGGUGUUGUAUGUUCGCAAAGUUGAUGUAGUCACUCUUGAUAUGCCUGAUAUCUUGAAGAUAUAUGGAAUUUAGUAGGGAGUUUUAGGAGAUAGUUAUAGUAGUUAGGUUGUGUCCGUGUAUUGAUGGUCACUCAAACUAUCAUCUUCUUCCUCAUCUCCUCUUUGAAUUCCUAAUCUCCAUCAGAAAACAGCUUGGCUUCUGAUCGCCUUGAACUCCAUCACUGGAUCAUCUUGCAGUGAGACUGUGUUGCAGACUUGAGUGGCUAACUUCAACUCCUCUUCCUUCUUCAGUGUCUUUCUCAUCAAUGCAUAUUAAUAUUGUGUCUCCAUUAAUUUCUCCACGGCAAUAAGCCUGUGACAGCAGUCUAGUUGAUAUAAAAAUCCAGUCUCUACCGACAACUCACAUGGAUGACUGUCAUUCUUCCUGUCUCCAGAAAGUCGGCACAGCUCAGCGGAGGGCAAUACUGAAACAGUUUGCCUAUUUGAGCUCAAUAGAAAACAAAAGGAAAUGACUCCAAAAGGAACUCUAUGACCUUGAUUUAGUCCACCUCACAUUGAGAUGGUUGACUCUCACUGCAGACAUGAUAUGAUCAUUUUGAUUUUGUGAGUUUGCUUGUGCAGACUAUUGUAUUAUAGCAAUAUGAAUGAUGGGGAUGUUACAGAUUAUAUUCAACUACUGCAAUUUAGUUUAAGGAUUAACAAGUAUAUCACAUGUUUCAAGUGAAGAUCAAACUUUUGCCUGGGGUUAGAUUCAGAUACUCAUCAGCAGUAGCAGAAUCCUUAUACAUUUAAAAUUAUGGACCAAUGGCAGUUGAGGUUUGACCAGUAGUGAGAGACAAUACAUUUCUGAGGUUGGAUUUUUCUCCUUAACACUGACAUGGUAAGUACUGAGUGAGAAUUCAUUUAGUCCUCUCUGGCUUGGUGGAAGAGUGGACUAAUCUGCUUGUCUCUUUCUCCUGAACCCCAAUUGAAUAGUGCCUUUGUGGCCAAAGGUGUUGAGAGGUUUGAAAUGAAUGACAUGUGGAAACAGUACGCUUAUUCAAGUCUUCAAAAAAUGGACUGACCUCACUUGAAUAAGAGAAGGUGAUAUCAUAACCUGGAGUCAGGUGAUUGUGAUAGCAUUAGGAAAGGAAGGUCAAUCUCUCACCUAACAAGAAACAUAGUACAAAAUAAGGCCAUCAAUUAAAAGGGUAUUAAAUGCGGGUUAAUCCAAACCCAGGUGCAAUGGCAAAUGAGCAAUGGAGGGGUAAUCGUGCACUCGACGACAAUUAACACCCUUCUCAGGCAUCAUAUAGAGCACAGGAAAUCAUACUCCACCUUGAAUCGAACCCACCACCCAAGUAGUAGUACAUAUUACUCAAACAGGGCCAUCACCUCUUCCUACCACCACUUAACACCGCCUCUCUCUCUCUCUCUCUCUCUCAUUGUUUUGCUGCACAAGUUUGGCCGUCAGCACCGUCAUCGUCGCCGUCUAAUGGCGACGGGAUGGGUCAAGUCCCUGCAUUGCAAGUCUAACGCCGUGGAAGACGUCGUCUAUCCGCCGACGCCGUCGUCCAAGAAGCCGCUGCUCUCCACCGUCUCUUGCAGCAACUCCUCUCACGCUGUUAAGGACGUCGUCUUCCUCUUCCCCAAGCAACCCCGCUCCUCCUCCUCCUAUGCGCUGAACAAGAAGCCACUGCCCGAGACGACGCAGAACCACAAUCGCAAGCAGAGGCCCGCACGAGCGUCUCCGUCGACGCCGGCGGACGGGCUCGUGCGGCCCGUCCACGCGGACCCGUUCCCGACGAUGGAGGAGCUGCCGAAGGGCCACUCCUCGCGGCGGGUGGUGGAGAUCAUCUUCAGCUCGAGCUGGUCAGCUUCCGCCGGGGGCGCGUUCCCGGGCGAGAUCGAGAUGCUCUUCCGGGUCGACAACCCGGCCCGGACGCUAGCCCGGUUCGAGGAGCACCGCGCGGCGGUCCGCGGUCGGGCCGUCGAUGGCGCCCGCUGCGCCGCGGACGGGAACGAGGUGUUGAGGUUCCACCUCGGGCGCGGCGCCGGCGGCGUUUACGACGCCGGGGUGGCGCGUGACGUGGUGCGGUCGUCGGCUGGGGGGGAGGCGAAGGGGGUCCGAACCUUCGCGGGGAGCGGCGGCGCGCACGCGAGUGGCGACGGCGGGGACGGUCGGAAGGGGAUGUUGGUGUGCCGGGUCAUCGCGGGCCGCGUCAGGGGCGAGUCGGACCACACCGAGUCGGACGCCGACUCGGUGAGCCUGGGCAACGGGGAGCUCGUAGUAUUCGAUCCCAGAGCGGUCCUCCCCUGCUUCCUUAUCAUCUACAAGCUCUAAACUCAACCCUCAACAAUGGCUUCCUCCCUUUCGUCUUCAAAGAUGUCUUAUUUUCUGGUGGUCAUCCUCCAACUCGGCUUACCGACCCGGCGAUGCCAAUGACUGUGGGGAGACGGUCUGAUCGUGUAAAAAUCCCUCUUUUUGGCACAGGUAUAGAAUUUUUGUCUGUUCUUGGUGUGCUUGAGUGUGACUGAGGCAUAUUGUCUGUGUUGCAAGAAACCUGCAUCUUGUGAUGUUAGAUCUACUUGGGCAAAUGGUAGGACCAGUGUUCUCGACUUGCUAAGGGGAGCAAGAAUCCACGAAGGUGAAGGAUCUGAGGUCCACUGCUCUGAUGAGAUUUGUCGAGUAUCGUGCAGCAUAUCAGUAACUUGAGAUUUUGUUGGAUCUUCUCAAUAUGUAUCAUGUGGUCAAUUCUAUAUUUAUGUGAGUUAGAUUGGAUGAUAGUAGAAGUAUAUAAUACAUGUCAAGUGAAUGGAUACACAUCUAUUUUUAGCUCAUGCCCACUGCAUUCAUGGCAUGGUCCCUGCUUGGAUUCACUCAAUGGCAAGCAGAUUGUUAGGUAACUAUUGCCAUCGCCAUUGCCAUGCGAGAUGAAGAUUGUGGAAUUUUGGCAACCAUGGAAUCAUGUGAAAGAAACCUUCACUUCUCUACAGUGGGUUAGCAGAUAAAGGACAUGCGAGCUUAUCAUCCCAGGAUCUUCUCGAGGUAGGUUAGAUUGAUCAAACAUGGGUGCUACAUGCAAACAAGAAAGAGAGUCAUCAAUCUUGGACAGACUAAAACAUUUGGUAUGUGCUGCUCUAACCAGAAAUAGAACUAUUGAUGCAUCAGCUACAGCCUACAAGAGAAUGUGGUGUCGGAGACAGUUGACCAAAAUGAGUCUCCUUGGUUUCAUCACUGACCAGAGUUGUCACUAAAUCAAUGUCCAUCAUCGAGGAGAAACUCCAUUACUAUGCUUUCACUCUGCUGCCAGGAGACAAGUUGGUAUUUCUGACUUCCUUCGUUCAUGACUGACUCCGUUUAGAAUUCAGGGACCAAACUCCAUUAAGCUACUGUGAUGCUUAUGUCAUCUUUGAUCAAAGGUUUGUCCUCGACCAGUCUUUCUGACUCAUUUCUAGCUUUUCUGGCGAAAUCAGAUCACUGUCAAAACAGCUCUUUACAGUUCUUGUGAUCUCUGUUUCAGCAAGGCAACCAGAUUCUCUUGAUUUAGGAGACUGGCAUUGAGGGAUGGUUAUUUUGGAUGUUUCAAAAGUACUAUACUAGUGAAACCAAGUAGUGGUCUGAAUCGAUUGAUGUAGAAAAAUUAUGGAAUGAGUUAUGAUUAGAGAUGAAAUAUCACUGGAUUAUAAAGCUAACGAAGUUUUUUUCUUGAAUCGAUAUCUGAUCUAGAUAAACUCUGAAUGGUAGAUAUGGCCAUCACUGAAUCCUUAAAAAUGUGUUCAAGUGCAUGCUCUUUGAUGGAUGUCAUGAACAAGAAUGCAACAAUCCCUAAACUAUCUUUUUGUUUCAGAUGAAUGUUGAGUGGGGAGGGCUGAGAAAGUUCCCAGCCCCCCUCUCUGCUUACUGAAACCUAUUAAUUUUCCAACUCAGUUAUGUUUGUGUCAUUAAAUGGGUGAG